AUGGGCAAGGUGGAGGUGACGGUGUGUGCAGCACGAAAGCUGCACGAUUGCCAGCUGAUUGGCCUGCCAGACCCCUUUGUGCGACUCGUCAUGGGCGACAAGAAGUACAAGACGCAGGUGGUGAAGAACAGCCUCGACCCGGAGUGGAACGAAACGUUUCGCUUUCACAUCCCGGACGAAAUAAGCACGCAGAUUCGGCUGGAGGUGUGGAACAAGUGCACGUACAACGAUGAUCUCAUGGGCUACUACAUGCUAUCCCUCGGUGGUCUGACAAAGGGCAUUGUGAAGGACAAGUGGUACAUACUAGAAAAGUCCAAGACGCAGGCAGAGCUACACGUGCGCUUGUUGGCAGUCGACUUUGGUGCGCUUCCCAAGCAGGAGGAACUGUGGAUGGUGACAACGGACAGCAACCGCGAUCCGGUAAAGCGCGCAAUCGAGGACGGCACGUGGCGUCCAGGGCAGAAGACCGCCCCGCCGCAGCCUCAGCAGCAGGCGUACGCGUUGCCUGCUCUCGUCCCGCAGCAGCAACCACAGAACCUAGGACUGCAAUGCGUCGCUACCCCGCCACAACAAGCUCAGUAUGUUCCCCAGCUGCCGAUACAGUACGUGCCUCCGACGCAAGUUCAGUAUAUUCCGCAGCCGCAGCCAGUGCAGUACGUCCAGCAGCAACCGCCUCAGGGCUACUAUCAGCCGUGCCCGCCUCUGCCGCAGCCCAGCUACUACCUGCCUGGUCCCUUUCCACCGCUGCAGUCUAACCACUACCAGCAAGCGCCAGUGCCGAACCAGCAGGUGUACUACACGCAGCCGCCUCCACAGUGCUACGCGCCGCAGCCGCCGUACCAGUACUAG